GGUUUCAGGUUGCAUACCAGAAAAUAAAAAAAUUACCACAAAAAGUUUUUCCGUGUAGAAGCAUGAAUAGCAUUUCUAUGGAAACACAUGGGUGUUUGCUAGUUAUUCUAAUUUCAAGUUACGGUGCUAGUGGUACAUAAAAAGUAGACAUGUUUUGGGGAUUCAGCGAAGCUUUAGAUCUAAUGGAAGAGUAUCGCAAGAUCCUCAAGCCUACAGAAGAACCACCAACCGAGCUCAACAUUCUGUUGUUCGGGUUAGGAGAUCCUCGACACGUGUUGAAAAGCGCAGCUAAAUCCUUUAAACACAACACAAAGUUGAAUUUUUUUCUUCUUGAAGGAUGCCUAGAGUUAGUGGCUAGAAAUCUUCUCCUGAUUAGUAUAGCGUUGGAAAAUAAUCAACUAUUGUCAGUGAAAGGCAAAACUCAUUUGUUUAUGGAUGUUUUUGGAAACACGCUGCUACGACCAUUCUCUACUACCUAUAUCAACGCAAAAGCUAACGUACUCACCAAAUUAAUUACAGACGUUGAUUUUGCCGAAGCCAUAGCACCUAUUUUCUCGUUUGAUGGUUUAAGGUACAAAGAGCGUGACCAUCUGGAAAAUGUGUUUUACUUCUGGACUAAUCGGGAAAAGCAUGUAUUCAAUGUGACCCAUUACUGGAAUGCUAGAGUUCGAUCAAUGCUAGGCAGUAGAUAUGAUCACAAGAUGGGUGUUUUCGAUUGGGAUCUUCAUAUGAAGCUAAGACAGAACGGAGCUAAACAAAUCUGUCCACAAGAAUAUAAAAAUUGGCGCGACACAGGAGUUGCAUUUACCUUCCCGGAGUACGAACAAAGUGAUCCGAAUAAAACGUUUGCUGUUGGAUUGAGUAGAAAUGGGGAUAAUUUCAUGCAUCGUGGUAUUGUUGGAAAUAUCAGCACCGGGCCAUUUAUUUCAUUUGGACUCAAAUGUCCAGAAGAAGCACUUUCUCAUACGAUGCAUGGGGUAAAUGAGUUCAGAUCGACCGACAUUACCGAAAGAAACGUCUUCGAGAUAAUGUAUGAAAUCCAGACAAAAGAAAAUUAUGUUCUAGACAUUAAGGACAUCCAUAAAUACGGCUCGUAUGUUUUGGAUUCUGGCAAACCUUUAAACGAAGACCAUCCUCGAACAGAAAUUCCAGACGCAUGUAAAUACGACCAACCUUUUAUACCGACCGAAAACAUCAAAAUUGACUUCAUCUCAGUGGAAGACGUUGUGAAGAUUCAAACAAGAUCAGAGCACCGAUCAAAAUAUGACAUCGUAAUGGUAGCAAGUAAUUAUUUUUCUUUGUUAAAGGACGACUUCCCCCAACUCUUCAACGAUCCGUGUCUGAUAUGCUUUGAAACGUAUCAAUACACAACUUUCCAUAAGGAUGAAGUAUCGAAAUUCACCACUCAAGUUAAAAACUACGCUGCAUCACAUUCUCUCGAAUUGCUUACGAAUCUCGCAAUUAACGUGCCCCAUCCCAUUAUCAGGUACAGGAACGUUUCUCAAUCGCAAUAAAAAUACCCCUCCAUAAACACAUCCGUCUCAUAUAUUCACCGAACAA